AUGUCAACACGCGGCGAGCCAGGCAAUCUUGCGGGAUCCAGGGCUCAAGACCGGCCAAGUCAGGACGACCCGGUGCUACACGCUGCAGUGUCCAACUUCGGCUCCAGUGCAUCUAUCUCGUGCACGUGUAAGGCUUCCGUCAGCAAGGCCGAUCUUCUGCCCUUGGAGUCAGACGAGACUUUAUUGUCCAUUUACACAAAUCAGCUCGCGUCACAUUUCCCGUUUGUUGUGAUUCCUACCGGGACGACGGCAAAACAACUCCGUGAAACUCGACCGUUUCUCAUGCAGGUCAUUGGCAUGGUGGCUUCGGUCCGGUAUUUGCAUUCCAUGCGGGGACAAAGUCGCGCCGUCCUCAAGCAUAUCCACGACGUGAUGCUGAUGAGAUCCGAGCGGUCCUUGGACCUUCUCCAGGGCAUCUUAAUCUUCCUGGGGUUUUACCACUAUUUCUGUAUGAGUCAUGCCCAUUAUAAUAAUCUCGCCCAGCUGGCAGUCGGCCUGGUGGGAGACAUGGAUCUGAACACAUGCCCCAACUUGAAGGCUCGGGAGGAGCACCAUCGCCUGACUCUCGCGCGCGCCGAGGAACCGCGACCGAGAACGAAUGAAGAACGGAGAGCCCUUCUGGGCGUCUGGUACAUGGCUUCAAACGCCGCGCUCGUCGUCAAGCAAUUGGGACCUGCGAGAUAUACACGGUACCUAGACCAAUGUCUGCAGGAACUUGAGAGCGCUGCUGAAUACGAGACCGACCAGCUCGCCGGACAGCUGGUUCGUGUGCAACAUCUCACUGAGCAGAUCUUCCAUUUCCACACGGGGGAUCAGCUCGUCAAUGAACUGCCGGCAAUUCCGAAAGCUGCGGCCGCGGAGUAUCUAGACGCAUUCCAGGCAGAGCUGGAUAGGCUUCGGAACGACCUCCGUCCUAAUCUCAAGACACACCCACUACUAUCUUGCCAUUAUAACAGUGCUUCAUUGCGCAUCUUCGCGCCUCUUCUUGCUGAUGCCCACCUCGCCGACGCCGUGCCUCAGCCCUUUACCUCGCUCUUCCACUCGGGCUUGUGGGCCCCCGAUAUCUUUUCACGGUUCACGGCCGCGCUCAAGGCGUGGUUCAACCACUGGCUCACGGUGCCUGUCUGCUCCUACUUCUACCUGCCCCAGCCGGCCUCCUCUCAGCUCAUCUACGCCUCCAGGAACCUCGUCGAGUGGGUGAGACUGUGUGGGCCGGCCGCGGUUAGAUUCUCCAGUACUGGCACCGCGGGCGCCUCCUUGUCUCGGAAAGAAGCCACCACGCUGCUGCAGCCUUUGCCGUCAUUCAUCGGCGUCCCGCCGUGCCCGGAGCUGGUCGCCCCUCAACCUCCCGCGUCGGCCUCAGACUCCAGUUGCUAUGCCCAGACGAUACUCAACUUGCUGCGGAGUGAAGUCUUUGCGCAGCCCCAGCUCCGCGUGGACGCCCUGGGCAUCGCCGAGGCCAUGGCUGGUCGGUUCGAGUCUGCCAAGAACGAGAUGGCCGCGGCACACGGCGGGGUGUGGGAGAACGACCUGUGGGACGCCGCCGCGCAGCAAAUGCGGAUGAAGAAAGCCAGGGUCGAGAAGUGGUGCGAGAGUGCUGGCGCCGCGGGGAUCGACGGGGAGAACCAGCCGCUGGCCAUCCCUCUCGACCACGGCGAGGCGACGCCUGCCUGGUGGAGUAGUGACAAGUCCGAGUCACACGGUGGCCAGGACCACUGGCAGUGGGCGAGUGACGCGUUUGAUGGGAUGGACGAUACGGCAUUCAUUGAAAUCUCCGGGACCUGGUCUACGGAUAGGGUCGGUGACAUGGUACCGACGGGUAGGUUGAGCCCUCAGACUCGGUGA